GAGUCAUUUUUUAUGUGGUGUUCAAUGGAUUAUUGGUCCAGAUUUUCUACUUCUCUCUGUGGCUGAAUUUGCUCGUGUAAUGAGCUGCUUCUUCACUGGGAAUUCUACCGCUAAUUUCUUUGAAACCAGUCAUCAUUCAUCAUCUUCAUGGCCUCAUUCACACAGCCUCAAUUCCUCUCCUCCCUCACUCCAAUCAACAAGAACAAUUUCACUCCCUCUCUGCAAUACAAGAGCUUCCCAACAUCUAAAACCUCAAAAAUUCAAUCCUCAAAUGCAGAAUCUUCGCAAAAUUCUGAACAAGAUCCUGUUAAACUUGCAUUGGCCAAAGCUAAAUCGUACAAAAACUCUGUAAAAUCCGGCGUUCCAGCUCCGAAGAUCGUCCAAGCGCCUGAAAUCGGUGAAGAGAAGGACAAUUUCAAACAAAUCGAGGAUGGUAAUGUGGAAAUGGAUGUUCCUUUGGCUGUAGAUAACGCAAAACAGUACCAACAAAGCAAAAAUCUCGUAGAGAAUGAAAAGGUUGCUUCGGAUGCAGAGAGCGGUGGAGAUUCCGUAGGGGGAAAGGAGAUUCCUCUAUCGGUUAAACUCGCAUUGGAGAAGGCAAAGGAAUAUAAGAAGAAAACAGGGGAUGAUAAUGGCGGAGUUGCAGACAGCCAAAACUUAGUCUCAGGGCUUAAGAGAGGGGAUGGGAGAAGUGGUGGAGAUAAGAAUUCUGGUAAGAAGGAUGAGCUCAAGGUUUCAAGUACUGAUUUUAUGGGACUGGGGUUUGCGGAUAAGAAGAGUGGUAGAGGCUUGCCGGCUGGUUUAAUUCCGUUGUCGGACCCUUUUCCGGGUGGGAAGUUGCCCGAGGUAGAGAUUAUUGUUGGAGACACGAGCAAGUUUGGUGAUAAAUCAGUACCCCAAGUCGAAGAAAACGAUGUGGAUCUCUAUAAGCCAAAGGUUUCCACUUGGGGAGUCUUUCCAAGACCAAACAACAUUUCAAAAACAUUUGGUGGUGGGAGAACUUUACGGCCCGGGGACGCACUUGAAACUGCAGAGGAAAGGGCUGCCAAAGACGAACGUACAAUGCAGUUGCUAGCUGCUUACAAGAGACAAUAUGGUCUAAACAUUGAUCCGGAAUUAAAAUCUGAAUGUGAGAAGGCAUUGAAGGAUGGUGACUCAUUGAUGGAUCUCGGCAAGCUGAAGGAGGCGUCGCCCUUUUAUGAAAGAGUCAUGGAGAAGCUGCCGUUCAAGAGCGAACUUCAUGGAUUAGCAGCUCUGCAAUGGUCUAUAUGUCAGGACUCACUCAACAGAUCCAAUGAGGCCCGUCUCAUGUAUGAGAAGCUUCAGUCUCACCCCAGUCCUAAAAUAAGCAAGAAGGCUCGGCAGUUCGCCUUUGGCUUCGAGGCAAUGGAAAUGAUGAAGGUUAGCAGCAUGGCUCGUCCUUCGCAUAGCUCGGGUUAUCAAAGUUAUUUCAACGCAUUUAUACAGCAGAAGACAAAUUAUCCAUUAAAAGAGGCUGAAGUGGAUGAAGGUGGAUUCAAUCAAGCCAUCCCCUACUUUAUUUUUCUGGCUUCUCCCAUUUUAAUGGUGCUACUGAUUGCUGCAUAUAAAUGAGUUUUUGUUGUUGGGAGAGGGUGGGGGUGUUUCCACAUUACAAUGUAAAUAGGAAAAAAGCUAAGUAAAAAGCUUGUUAGAUAAACUUUGAAACAGUUGCGCAAUAUGAUAAAAUCUUGGAGGAA